AUGUCGUCCGACGCUCCCCUAUGCCAGAUUUGCCGCCGCAUCUUUCUACCCGAGAUAUUCAAUGUCGAAGAAGAGUACUCUACAGCUGUGGUCGACUACGUUCGGUCAGACACAUUACCAGAUCUGCCAGUUUUACAUGAAGAAGCCAACAAAGGCUGCCCUUUUUGCACUGAGCUGAAGAAGCGCAUAUCAGCACUUGAAUGGCCAAAAGACGUUCGCGAUGUCACGAUUGGGCCCGCGACGUGGCUCCACGAAUCGUUCUGGGAGUCAGAGCUCAGCCCGGAGCAGGAGGGUAUCGUAUUGCUGGAGGUGCAAGUAUCCUGUCCAGUGACGCCACCACACACUCUCCACUUCGAGGUCUUUGCUCAUGCAGGCUCGUUCGCGAGCACCCAUAUGAGAGUUAGACGACUACCUCCUUCGACAGACCGUUACUCUUCAGCGUGUAUCGAGCGACUCCAGCAGAUGAUUUCGAAGUGCGCUGGGGUUCAUUGGCAAUGUGAGCCUGGAAACGAGGACUUUUGGCCGACGCGGGUCAUCGACGUUGGUGCAGUAGAUGAAACGGCUGAUCCGAGACUGGUGGUCACCUCCAAGCCUGCUUCUCGAUAUGUUGCGCUUUCUCAUUGCUGGGGCAAGCCUGGGCCUGGUGUUCGGAUGCUGAAAACGCUGUCGACUAAUAUACAGUCGCAUAUGCUCGGUAUUCCAUUGGAGAGCAUGCCACUGAACUUUCAGCACGCCAUAUUUGUCACCCGCGCGCUGGGAUUGAGGUAUAUCUGGAUAGACAGUUUGUGCAUUUUGCAAGAUUCUAGUUUAGAUUGGGCCAAGGAAGGGGCGCAGAUGGAUAAGGUGUACAGAUCCGCGUUCGUGACCCUCGCAGCAACUUCAGCCUCUACAAGCGAGGAUGGCUUCCUCGACUACAUGCUUGCGGAUAAAACUUUCACGAUCCCGCUACCGUGCUAUCCAGAUAGACAGUUGGCCGUUGGGUCCCCCGACACUGUAGUGACCGAAUCCAUCGUCGCGCGGUACAUGGAAGGGCGCGACACCCAACACAUGGAGACAGAUGUCGACGGAUCGACUUGGAAUGAACGCGCAUGGACCUUGCAAGAACGACAUCUAGCGAGGAGAAUCAUUCAUUUCAGUGCAAACCAAAUAUUCUGGGAGUGCCGAAGAGGUUUUGCAUCUGAGUGUGGCUAUAGAAUCAUGCGACUACCGGUUUCGCUCACCCGAACAUAUGGCGCAGAUAGCUCCUCGGAGGAAUCCUCUGACGAGGACGUCGAAGAUGCAGCUUCCCCCCUUGCAAGAUCUGGAUCGGAGAUCAGUGAGCGUUUGUCAACCUCUGAGGGCAGCGAUUCGGAAUCAGAUUCAUGGGAUCACACUCUGGCAACAAGGUCAGCCGUGUAUUUCUGGUGGUUCCAGAUUCUAGCCGAUUACAGUCGGCGAAAGCUUACUUUCGCCUCCGACAAGUUCCCGGCAAUCUCAGGUCUUGUAAAAGAACUCAAUCAUACCCUAUUGACACAAGUCACCUACGAAGAAGAUCAAUACAUCGCAGGGUUGUGGCUGGGUGCCCUGGCCGAUUCACUCUUAUGGGCACCCGAGCGUCCUGAAGCCAUGACAGACCCCGCGGACCCUGGUGUUUAUAGAGCCCCGAGCUGGUCGUGGGCCCGUUGGGACGGCGCAACCAUUCCUUAUUCUCGCGGUGGACGCUGGCCUGAUAUUCGUCCGGAGGAUAGCACGAUUGAAUACAUUGGGCACGACGUCGAGUUGGACACUUUGAAUGAGUAUGGGAGUAUCAGGCUCGCUUUUCUGACACUCCGAGCUGGCAUUGCGCAGAUCGUACGCCAGAAGCGGUACACCGAAAACAAUACGGCGGGCAGGACGAUGGGAACCUAUCACAUUGCUUGGGAAGAUGCAGGUGAAUCCCUAGGCUUCAUGACUUAUGAUCAAAUCGGGCUCAUGGGUUCUGAAGAGGCAAGCGACCACCUAUAUGCUAUGCAAGUCAAGGUACAUGAGAGUACAUCCUCAACUCCGAACACGCGCUGCGGUCUUGUGUUGCGACUAGGCACUACCGCUGGCACGUACGAACGCGUUGGCACUUUUCAGCUGGAUGACGAGCAUUCGGGGGCGUUCUCAACAAUCGAAAGAGAAGAUGUCAUUCUGGUGUAG